GGUUGAUUAUAUUAUUUGUUUUCUAUUGUUUAAGUGUAUUAUAAUGUUUUAACAAUGUAAAAUGUUAAAGUUAGAAUAAAAUUAUUUCUGCAUAUAUAAAGUAUUUCUUUUAAGAUGUCUAAUUCGAAUGAGACUUCAGUACCAGCAACUACUAGUAAUAGCAGUGUUAUUGAAACUGCUACAAAUUCUAGAGUAGCCACAACUGCUCCUAGUCGUCGAAUGAGCCUAGCAGCUGAUCUUAUGAUGCAUCUAGAGCGAAGAGCUGCUGAAAGUUCUGCAAUGUUUCGAAGCAAUGUCCAUAACGUAGUGGAAGAAUUAAGACCUAUUAUAUCAGUAACCCGGCAUCCUGAUCCUGGGUCACCACAACCUCUUGGUCCUAGUUCAUCAGUACGUCUAAGUUUACCUACUUGGUUAAAUUUAAAUGCAAGUAAUACACAUUCUCCUCUAUCACCACCAAGUUCAUCAGAUACUGAAGACAGAGAUCCCAUAGCUCCAGGGGAUGUAAGAGUAUCUGAAACUUCACCAGUUUCACAAAGAGUCCCUAUAUCUGAAGCAAGAUCUCUUCCAAUAGAAUCUAAUAAUGAUGUUUCGAUAAAUAUGAAUUUAUCUAACUUAGAAGAAAACCAUGGAAAUGAAACUCAGACUCCUGGAGGGACUUCACCUAAUGGAUCUAGUAAUAACAAUGUUGAAAACCAAAGUGAAGAAGAUGUUCUUCGUCAUAAUCCCGAAAUAGCUCAAGUUUUAGGAGUAACUCUUAAGUACAUUCCAUUCAUAUUAAUAUUGUUAUCAAAAGCUGUUUUUGAUCAUAUUCCAGGUAAUGUAAUAUAAGAUUAUGAUCAUUCUCAUUGAUUCUCUUCUUCUUCCUCGCCUUAAUCCCAA